AUGCCCAAUCCGGCGACAUGCCACUUCCCAGGCUCCCGGCUGUGGCUGGUAUCCGUUGCACUGAUGGUGCAGUCGGUGAUCUCCUCUUCUUCGACCUACCAGAGACCUGCACCCGGCGGCGGGGGGAAGAGAACGGGGUUCAUGGAGAGGACGCUCAUUUUGCUGGACGUCAACACCCGCAGUCCGGUUCAAGUUCUUAACGACAACUUCCUCUCUUUACAGUUGGAUCCGUCGAUUAUAAAGGACGGGUGGCUGGACUUUCUGAGUUCCAAGCGUUUGGUAACCCUAGCCCGAGGUCUGUCCCCAGCCUAUCUGAGGUUCGGAGGAAAGAGAACCGACUUCCUCCACUUCCACAACCUGAAGAACCUUGCCAAGUUCAGAGGCCCCGGCCCAGAUUACUACCUAAAAAACUAUGAAGAUGACAUAGUGCGUAGUGACAUCGCCCUGGACAAGCAGAGGGGCUGUAAGCUGGCCAACCACCCUGACAUGAUGCUGGAGCUGCAAAGAGAGAAGGCAGCUCAGAUGCAGCUUGUCCUCCUCAAAGAACAGCUCUCCAACCUCUACAGCAACAUCACAAUAACAGCCAGGUCUUUAGACAAACUGUACAACUUUGCCGAGUGUGCUGGUCUGCAUCUGGUCCUUGGGCUCAACGCCCAGCAGAGAAACCCUGACUCCUCCUGGAACUCCUCCUCAGCACUCAGCCUCCUCAAAUACAGCGCCGGGAAGAAAUACAACAUCUCCUGGGAACUGGGCAACGCCAGGUCUUUAGACAAACUGUACAACUUUGCCGAGUGUGCUGGUCUGCAUCUGGUCCUUGGGCUCAACGCCCAGCAGAGAAACCCUGACUCCUCCUGGAACUCCUCCUCAGCACUCAGCCUCCUCAAAUACAGCGCCGGGAAGAAAUACAACAUCUCCUGGGAACUGGGCAACGAGCCUAAUGGCUACCGUAGCAUGAUGGGUCAGACAGUGAACAGUACCCAGCUAGCCCAGGACUACACCCUGCUGAGAACGUUACUGCAGUCUGUACGCUACUAUAGCCGAGCACACCUCUUGGGCCCGAACGCUGGACGACCACGCAAAAACGCCAUUCUGCUGCUCGAUGGAUUCAUGAAGAACGCUGGUUCUGUUGUGGAUGCUGUAACGUGGCAACACUACUACAUGGAUGGCAGAGUGACCAAAGUAGAGGACUUUCUGAAGACGCGCCUGCUGGACACCCUGACCGAACAGAUCACCAAAGUACUCAAGGUAGUGAAUAGCCAUGCACCUGGUAAGAAGGUGUGGUUGGGGGGAGUAGGUCCGGCGUGGGCUGGAGGAACCAAUAACCUCUCUGAUACCUAUGCUGCUGGCUUUCUGUGGCUGAACACUCUGGGCAUGGCAGCGAUGCAGGGGAUUGAUGUUGUCCUGCGACACUCGUUCUUUGACUAUGGAUACACACACCUCGUAGACCAGCACUUUAACCCACUACCGGACUACUGGUUGUCCCUGGUGUUCAAGCGUCUGGUCGGUCCCAGGGUGUUGGCAGUGCGGGUAGCAGGCUUGCAGAGGAAACCACGACCAGGGAGGGUUAUACGAGACAAACUACGGAUCUACGCACAUUGUACCAGCUUCAAAAAUCGUAACUACGUGAGAGGAUCCAUAACGAUCUAUAUCAUCAACCUGCAUCGGUCGAGGAAGAAAAUCAAGCUGGCGGGAACCUUACGUAACAUGACUGUCCAUCAGUACCUGGUACAGCCCUAUGGGACAGACGGACUUCACGCCAGGUCAGUCCAGUUGAACGGAGAAAGGUUGUUGAUGGUGGACAAUGAGACAUUUCCGGAGUUGAAGCCUCGGACGCUGCGGGCGGGAAGGACAAUAGCCAUGCCCCCUAUGACCAUUGGCUUCUAUGUCAUCAAGAACAUCAACGCUUACGCCUGCCGCAAAUAAUACUCAACACACUCCUCCUCACCCUUCACCCCGAAAUCCUUCACCCUCCCCCCACACUCCUCACCCCCUAGCCCUCAUCCCUCACCCCCUAGCCCUCAUCCCUCCUCACCCAUCACCACUCCCACCAUUUCCUAAUACCGGACCACCUCCUCACCCCUCACUACCCCCACCAUUUCCUAAUACUGGACCCCCUCCUCACCCCUCACCACCCCCAUUUCCUAAUACUGGACCCCCUCCUCACCCCUCACCACCCCCACCAUUUCCUAAUACCGGACCACCUCCUCACCCCUCACUACCCCCCACCAUUUCCUAAUACCCCACCUCCUCACCCCUCACUCCACUUAUCCUUACGUCCUAGCCCUCAUCCCUCCUCACCCCACUUAUCCUUACUUCCUAGCCCUCAUCCCUCCUCACCCCUCGCUCCACUUAUCCUUACUUCCUAGCCCUCAUCCCUCCUCACCCCUCGCUCCACUUCUCCUUACUUCCUAGCCCUCAUCCCUCCUCACCCCUCGCUCCACUUAUCCUUACUUCCUAGCCCUUACUUUCUACCGUCUGGUUCGUUAUCACUAUUCCCUAGUCCCUGGUCUGACUCUGAAAGGCUUGCUCUUUGUCCAAAACAAGGGUUGCACUGAAUACCUUUCAAUCGCUCUCUACACCAACUCCCCAUGUGUUGUGAGAUGGACAGUGAUUAUUCUACUAUGUGAUUUUGUAUUGUUUUGUAAAAAGGUUAUUGAGUUUUGUUAUGACAGUACUUCUAUGUCAGAAGGUUGUAUCAUCCUCCAACAAUACUUCUCUUCCAUGUCUUUGAUCAUCAGAUCUACUAACGGUCACUCAGCUUUGUAUCUGCCAGCAAAUCUUAUUGUUUCCCCCGCAAACUCCUUUCAACUCUGUUGUUGAUAGUCACAAACUCCUGGCAGACGGUUAGACAGAAAGAAGAGAAAACAUGGAGAAAACACAACCAGUCAACCGCAGGGCAUGUGUUAGCUCCAACAGCCAUGUCUGCUGUCUGAUUGAAUUAUCUGUGUGUGUGUGUGUGUGUGUGUGAAUACCCCUGCUGAUGAGCCUGUCCUUGUCUACCAUGUCCAUCAGGGAAAACAUGUUAUCUUGCUUUCUGAAACAGCUCGGCUUACAUCUAUAACUAAACGGUUCAUUGGUAAUUGGGAAUCUCUUUGUGGUAUGUCUGUUGUCUGAAUGACAGUUUAAGGCAGCGAUGCACAUCCAGGGCUGGGGAGUAAAUGAUUACAUGUAAUCUGAUUUUUUAAUUUUUUAUUAAUGUAUUCAGUUACAUUACCAGCGAAGAUAUUGUAAUCAGAUUACAGAUACUUUUGAAAAACUAGAUGAUUACUUAUUGGAUUACUUUUAAAUUCA